AGAGAGAAGAGGAGAGAGAAGAAGAGGGCGCACGGCGGAGGAUCCUGGCUCUCCACAUGGCUGGGCGCUGAACCCAUCUCCGGGCGACCCCGAGGAAGAUCCGAGGGAGAAGAUGCUGCCCCCUCCUCCGCCUCCUCCUCCUCCUCCUCCCCCGCCGCCCCCAGCUGCGUUGCCGCCCGAGGGUCCGGGCGCGCGGUCUUGGCUGGAGGCGGCGGUGGGCGCCGCGCUGGCCGUGGCCCUGCUGCUGGCCCUGGCCCGUCCCCUGUGGGCCCUGCGCUGGAGCCUCAGCCGGGACCGCGCCUGCGCCCUGCCCCUGCCCCGCGGAUCCAUGGGCUGGCCCUUCUUCGGGGAGACCCUCCACUGGCUGGUACAGGGCUCGGCCUUCCACAGCUCCCGGAGGCAGAAGUAUGGCUCAGUGUUCAAGACGCACCUGCUGGGGAAGCCGGUCAUCCGGGUCAGCGGGGCGGAGAAUGUGCGCAAGAUCCUGCUAGGAGAACACAGCCUGGUCAGCGCCCAGUGGCCACUCAGCACCCGCAUCCUGCUGGGCUCCCAUACCCUCCUCAGUGCCCGUGCAGAUGCCCACCGGCAACGCAGGAAGAUCCUGUCCAGGGUCUUCAGCCGGGCUGCCUUGGAGACCUACCUGCCAGCCAUCCAGAAGGUGGUGAGCCAGGAGCUACGUGGCUGGUGCCGGGAGAGGGGUCCAGUGGUGGUCUACUCCUCAGCCAAGGCUAUGACCUUCCGGAUUGCGGCCCGCAUCCUUUUGGGCCUCCGUCUGGAUGAGAAGCAGUUCAAGGAACUCUCCAGCACCUUUGAGCAGCUAGUGGAGAACCUCUUCUCUUUGCCCCUCAACGUCCCCUUCAGCGGCCUACGUAAGGGAAUAAAGGCCCGGGACCUUUUGCAUAACUACAUGGAGAAAGCGAUCCUGGAGAAACUGCAGCGUAAGGAUCCCGAAGCCCACAGCGAUGCCCUUGACUUCAUCAUCCAUGGUGCCAAGGAGAAUGGGAAGGAAUGUACUAUGCAGGAGCUGAAGGAGUCUGCAAUUGAACUGAUAUUCGCCGCAUUUUUCACCACUGCCAGUGCAAGCACUUCCAUGAUCCUCCUCCUGCUGCAACACCCUUUGGUCGUGGAAAAGAUCCAGCAGGAGCUGGCGUCCCAUGACCUCACCAAGCAAUGUCAUUGCUUCACAGCUGAGGAGUCUCUGGCAACUUCCCAGUCUGGCCAAGAGAAUCUCCGUGACCAUGAGAAAGAAAACAAAGACUGGGACUCCAAGCUUCCCCUUCAUCACAGACUGGAAGGAGAAAAAGGCAAAGAGACAGAAGGGGAAGAUCACUCGUUUUCUGCUGCUACAGUACCUCAGAAAACCACACAUGGGACUACAAAUUGCCUUCAUUCAGCGCCCAGGCAAGAAGAAGUCAGUCAGCUCUAUGGCAACCUGGAAGGGCCUGAAUGCUAUUGCCAACCCUACUUGACCUUGGAGAAGUUGAGUCGCCUGCGCUACCUGGACUGUGUCAUCAAGGAGGUCCUGCGCUUGCUGCCCCCAGUGUCUGGAGGCUAUCGGACAGCCCUACAAACCUUUGAGCUGAAUGGCUAUCAGAUCCCCAAGGGUUGGAGCGUGAUGUACAGCAUCCGGGAUACACAUGAGACUGCCAACAUUUACCAGAGUCCCCCAGACACCUUUGAUCCAGAGAGAUUUGGGGUGUCGCAAGAGGAGCGCGAGGAGCACAAAGGAGCUGGCGCCCUCCGCUUUCACUACAUUCCCUUUGGUGGCGGAGUCCGACACUGCAUUGGCAAAGAAUUGGCCCAGGCUAUCCUCAAAAUGCUUGCUAUCGAACUGGUCAACACCACUCGCUGGGAAUUGGCCACAGCUCAUUUCCCUAAGAUGCAAACGGUGCCGAUCGUACACCCCGUGGAUGGCCUGCAGCUGCAUUUUCAUCCUUUGAAACCGGGAAGAAAAAGCAAGCCAAACACUUGAGAAGCACCAGUAUCUCCACCACAACUUCUAGCUUAGGAUCAUAAUAGAUCUGGGGCAAAAUACCAAUCCUUUCCAGCUGUAGCUUUUCCGCCUGCACAAAAUCCUUCCUUCCUAACAAUCGGUUCGGGAAAUAUGCAAGUGGAGAAAGAGAGUGACGUCUCUAUCCUUGAUCCGUAAUGCUCUGUCAGUCUGUUAGCAUCCAUUUUUGUUCAGAAAUAUGCAUCCACAGUAAUAACAUCCUCUAUGGUUCGUAGUUGCACUUUCUUGUGGGUGUAUGUGGCUGUGUAUGUGAUGUUACUGGUUAGGAGAAGAGAUGUUACAAAGGCGAAUGUCUCGGAAGGAACAACGGCAAGAGGGAGAAACUCAGUAUCUAUAGGUCAAAUGCAAGGUAGAGUAGGAAUUCUUCCAAUAUGCAGAUUUUUGAGAGUCGUCUUUAAGUUAUAGAUAUAACUGAUGAAUAUCCUCAGAGGUUCUCACAGCUAUGAACAAGACUGUUCCUGCAUCACAAGGCAACAGUCAUUGGAAGGAGCAUUGAUAGACCAGUUGCUGACUGAAUGGAUGAUCUACGAGGGUUGAAUGAAAAGUAAUGCCUCCACCUUCGUUACUUGGGUUUGGAUGGGAAUAUUUUAAUAAAUCAAAUGCAGAAAUAAUCUUUAGAAUGUGCUCUUUAACUACCACUAUUCACUUUUCAACAUAAUCACCAGACAAUUGGAUACAUUUCUGCCAACGAUGAACAAGUUUUCUGAAGCAGUCAGGGAAGAAGUCGACACUAUGUUUCCGCAACCCAUCGUGCACAGAUCUUCCAAUAGCCAAGCAAAGCAAUAAUAUGACCCACACAUUCUUGUGAAAUGCUGAUUAUGCUUGAAAUUUCUCUGAGUGAAACGACAAUUGUCCUUUUUUUGUUCUGUCAGGAGCGACUUGAGAAACUGCAAGUCGCUUCUGGUGUGAGAGAAUUGGCUGUCUGCAAGAACAUUGCCCAGGGGACGCUUGGAUGUUUUUGAUGUUUUUACCAUCCUUGUGGGAGGCUUCUCUCAUGUCCCCGCAUGAGGAGCUGGAGCUGAUAGAGGGA